GUUCCAUUUAUUUUUGACAUUUUUACAUAACCAUCCUUGCAGGGGUAACUCCUGCAUCACUCUAGAACUUCAGGUUCCGUCCCUCUCCCUCUCCCUCUCCCCCUCCCCUCCCCCUCCCCUGCCCUCCCCCUCCCCUCCCCUGCCCUCCCCCUCCCCUCCCCUGCCCUCCCCCUCCCCUCCCCCUCCCCCUCCCUCUCUCCACGGUCUCCCUCUGAUGCCAAGCCGAGGUUGGAUUGCACUGCCGCCAUCUCGGCUCACUGCAACCUCCCUGCCCGACUCUCCUGCCUCAGCCUGCUGAGCACCCGGGACUGCAGGCGUGCGCCGCCAUGCCUGACUGGUCUUUGCUGGAGUGCAGUGGUGUGAUCUGGGGUCGCUACAACCUCCACCUCCAGCCUCCUGCCCUGGCCUCCCAAACUGCCGAGAUGGCAGCCUCUGCCCGGCCCCACCCCAUCUGGGAAGCGAGGAGCGUCUCUGCCUGGCCACCCAUCGUCUGGGAUGCAAGGAGCCCCUCUGCCCGGCCGCCCAGCCUGGGAAGUGAGGAGCACCUCUUCCCGGCCGCCAUCCCGUCUGGGAAGUGAUGAGCGUCUCUGCCUGGCUGCCCAUCGUCUGAGAUGUGGGGAGCGCCUCUGCCCCGCCGCCCCUUCUGGGAUGUGAGGAGCGCCUCCGCCCGGCCGUGACCCUGUCUGGGAACUGAGGAGUGUCUCUGCCCGACCGCCACCCCGUCUGGGAGGUGAGGAGCGUCUCUGCCCGGCCGCCCCGUCUGGGAGGUUUAAAUGAUAAAGAUCCUGUCUAGGUUGCUAAUCUGUGCAAUCGCCUGGGAGCUUGCAAUCUCACUACUUCGAGAGAAAAACCUUAUUUUGGCUCUAAAGAGGGCUCCUGACUUCGCCACGCUCACCUUCAGUGGUGCUUCACCGCACUACCACUUCCCUAACCACCGCCCCUAUGGCUGUCACCUAGAUCAAGGACCUAUCUAAGGAGAAAGCCCAAGGACAGGCAAAGACAGGCCACGCACUUUCAACAGGAACUCGGCCCCUUUCCUAAACGUAGUUCCUCUGAUUACCCUGUCCAACGGACGUCGCUAUGAUCCAAUUAAGUUUUGAGGCUCAGAGUGACGCCCUCUAACCUCACACUGUCCAAUAAAAAAAAGGAAUUUCAGAUUAGCACCAGUUUUGACCAAUGGAUGAGAAGAUCAGCGUGUAUUAACCUGUAGAAGCAGCACAGAGAAUGAUGAGCAGCCAGUUCACCCAAUGGACCUGCCUACUGCAGCGUAGGCCUCGCCUCAACGGCAGGAGAGCAGGCGGCUGCGGUUGCUGCAGCCUUCAGUCUCCACCCGGACUACGCCAUGUUGGGGCUUGUGGGUCGGGUGGCCGCUGCUUCGGCCUCCGGGGCCUUGCGGGGACUCACCCCUUCAGCGUCGCUUCCCCCAGCUCAGCUCUUACUGCGGGCCGCUCCGACGGCGGUCCAUCCUGUCAGGGACUGUGCGGCGCAAACAUCUCCUUCGCCAAAAGCAGGCGCCGCCACCGGGCGCAUCGUGGCGGUCAUUGGCGCAGUGGUGGACGUCCAGUUCGAUGAGGGACUACCACCAAUUCUAAAUGCCCUGGAAGUGCAAGGCAGGGAGACCAGACUGGUUUUGGAGGUGGCCCAGCAUUUGGGUGAGAGCACAGUAAGGACUAUUGCUAUGGAUGGUACAGAAGGCUUGGUUAGAGGCCAGAAAGUACUGGAUUCUGGUGCACCAAUCAAAAUUCCUGUUGGUCCUGAGACUUUGGGCAGAAUCAUGAAUGUCAUUGGAGAACCUAUUGAUGAAAGAGGUCCCAUCAAAACCAAACAAUUUGCUGCCAUUCAUGCUGAGGCUCCAGAGUUCAUGGAAAUGAGUGUUGAGCAGGAAAUUCUGGUGACUGGUAUCAAGGUUGUCGAUCUGCUAGCUCCCUAUGCCAAGGGUGGCAAAAUUGGGCUUUUUGGUGGUGCCGGAGUUGGCAAGACUGUACUGAUCAUGGAGUUAAUCAACAAUGUCGCCAAAGCCCAUGGUGGUUACUCUGUGUUUGCUGGUGUUGGUGAGAGGACCCGUGAAGGCAAUGAUUUAUACCAUGAAAUGAUUGAAUCUGGUGUUAUCAACUUAAAAGAUGCCACCUCUAAGGUAGCGCUGGUAUAUGGUCAAAUGAAUGAACCACCUGGUGCUCGUGCCCGGGUAGCUCUGACUGGACUGACUGUGGCUGAAUACUUCAGAGACCAAGAAGGUCAAGAUGUACUGCUAUUUAUUGAUAACAUCUUUCGCUUCACCCAGGCUGGUUCAGAGGUGUCUGCAUUGUUGGGCCGAAUCCCUUCUGCUGUGGGCUAUCAGCCUACCCUGGCCACUGACAUGGGUACUAUGCAGGAAAGAAUUACCACUACCAAGAAGGGAUCUAUCACCUCUGUACAGGCUAUCUAUGUGCCUGCUGAUGACUUGACUGACCCUGCCCCUGCUACUACGUUUGCCCAUUUGGAUGCUACCACUGUACUGUCGCGUGCCAUUGCUGAGCUGGGCAUCUAUCCAGCUGUGGAUCCUCUAGACUCCACCUCUCGUAUCAUGGAUCCCAACAUUGUUGGCAGUGAGCAUUACGAUGUUGCCCGUGGGGUGCAAAAGAUCCUGCAGGACUACAAAUCCCUCCAGGAUAUCAUUGCCAUCCUGGGUAUGGAUGAACUUUCUGAGGAAGACAAGUUGACCGUGUCCCGUGCACGGAAAAUACAGCGUUUCUUGUCUCAGCCAUUCCAGGUUGCUGAGGUCUUCACAGGUCAUAUGGGGAAGCUGGUACCCCUGAAGGAGACCAUCAAAGGAUUCCAGCAGAUUUUGGCCGGUGAAUAUGACCAUCUCCCAGAACAGGCCUUCUAUAUGGUGGGACCCAUUGAAGAAGCUGUGGCAAAAGCUGAUAAGCUGGCUGAAGAGCAUUCAUCGUGAGGGGUCUUUGUCCUCUGUACUGUCCCUCUCCUUGCCCCUAACCCAAAAAGCUUCAUUUUUCUGUGUAGGCUGCACAAGAGCCUUGAUUGAAGAUAUAUUCUUUCUGAACAGUAUUUAAGGUUUCCAAUAAAAUGUACACCCCUCAGAA